AUGAUAGUGAGUUCCCAAUCAGAAAAAGUUGCCAAGCAUAGGCUGGAAAGCCAUUCAGGUGUACUGGAAAAAAUUAAGUAUUGGGUCAGUGAAGGUCAAAAAAAGCCAUGGAAAAUACAUCACAAAAGGAGUAGGGUCCAACGAUAUACAUUACACCACCGAUUACCAUUUCGUCUCAAACCUCAACCUAACCGGAUCACAUUAAUUCAAAAGCAUUUAUUAAUUGCUCCAUACAGACACCAAAAGCCUUCACGCCCAAUCAGGAGACAGCCAAUGCCAAAAUAUCUCUGGCUGCAUAAGUGUCCAGUUACAAGUAGCACCGUGGUCAACAGUAAAACCUCAGAGGCUACCACUCAAAUCCCAUCUUUGAGUCCCACAUCUACUUCCAACAAAAUUACUGAAUCUCCAGGUGUGACUUCUUUUAUUCCGAAUGCUACCACCGUAUCUGAAAACAUCAAAACAGGCUCUUCUGCAGGUACUCCAUCACCACAACCUUCCCCAGCUCCACCAGAGACCACAACUGCCCCACCUACAUCAUCCCAAAGUCUGCCAGAGACCACAGCCACCCCACCUACAUCUUCCCCAACUCUGCCAGAGACCACAGCCACCCCACCUACAUCUUCCCCAACUCUGCCAGAGACCACAGCCACCCCACCUACAUCUUCCCCAACUCUGCCAGAGACUACAGCCACCCCACCUACAUCUUCUCUAACUACACCAGCACCACAACCUUCUUCAACUCCACUGGAGUCCACAGAUCCCCCAAGUACCACACCUAAUCCAUUCCCAACCACUCUUGCACCUGAAACUUCCAAAAGUACAGUUGCACCCACAACCCAAACUACUACUCCAGCCACUGCUCAAACAACUACCGUUGGAUAA